AUGUCAGGCCAAAGGGGUCGGCUGGCAAAUGCGACUAAGCUGAUUCUCUAUCCCCUGGACACCUGGAAAAGUCGGAGACAGGCACGGCGCUUUGGCGACGUGGGGGAGUUCCGACACCUACAGGGCUUGCGGGGCGUCUACCGCGGCGUUGUGCCAAAGUUACUGCUGUAUUCGCCUUACCAGGCUGUGUACAUGAGCGCCUAUGUCACCGCCAGGGACAAGUUGCUCCAAGGCCCUCGUCCUUUUGGCGACUCGCCCUUGAGCUUCGUGGCCGCCGGCAUGCUGGCGGAGGUGGCUGGUGCUGCUAUUCGACUUCCUAUGGAGGUAUCCAAGCUUCGUUUACAGCUGGGAGCGUAUCGCAAUACGUGGCAUGCUUUCAAGGACUUGAUGAUGAAUCCUGGACAGUUGAUGCGUGGCUUUGUGCCUCAAACCCUCAUGCACGACUGUUCCUACAGUGCGUGCGGCUGGUUCAUCUUUGAAUCUGGAAGGCAGUGGCUGUUCUCCAUGCGUGGAACAUCUAACCUUCCAGUGCAUGAGAACCUCCUUCUGGGCUUCGGCACUGGUACCUUGACCGCCCUGGCCUCUUGGAGCUGA